AUGUCUCUAUCCUCUCCCUCUAGUUCUACUAUUAAUAGUACUGGUAGUACAUGUACAACAAGCAAGAAGAAGCAUGUGUGGAAGAGCGUGCUGCAAGGUCUGAUCUUAAUGGGAAUCGGAUCUGUGAUUUCCGAGAUUGUAAGAGCCAAGCAACAGGUCACAACAUUUAGUACCAGUAGUAACAACAACAGACGCACCAAGCAGCAAGACUACGUAUUGGUUCCAAGUCAAGUGGAGCAAAUGGAACGAAUUGAAAGAAUUCAGAAAAUUGCAAAACUCAAUUAUCUAAAGUUUCAAGAACAUCAAGAAAUACAAGAACAACCAAAAGCAGAGCCCACUGCCAGUGCUACUAGUACCAAUGCUAGUGCUAGUGCUAGUGCUAGUGCUAGUGCUAGUAUUCACAUGCAGCAAAAACACACGGUUUCUUUGGUAACGAGUUUCUUUGCCACUCCCGGCGACAAACAACAACAUCACAGUCACAUUGCCGAAAUUGAAAUUGCCAUUUUGAACAAUCUACACAAUCCACAUUUUCAACAAGUGGUCGUGAUUCUCGAUUCCGCUACCCAACAGUCCAAUUGCACGCAUUUUCAACUCAAAAUGGCACAUUUGCAAGAACGCUAUAUUCGUUGGGGACGGGGCCAUCACUACUGGGAUCCACUCCAACGACCACCCGAUAUCUAUGAGCCUUCCAAACUCCAUUGUGUCCAUCGAAUACAGGGACAACCCUCGUAUUAUGAAAUGUUUCACUAUGCCACCAAUCCCGCCAUUGUCACCAGCGAUGUCGUUAUUGUCGCCAAUGCCGAUCAAGCGUUUGACGAUACUGCCAAAUGGGCCCAACAACUCGACGACAAUGCACUCGUUACGUUAUCGACCCACGGAUUCAAUCUCUCGUUGGCACCCGCAUCGAUCAGUCAACAUUACGGAUUCGAUCAUUCCUACGAAUGGCUCGAGAAAAAAUCCAAAUGGGUCCACAGUCGAUGUGUGUUCCCCGUGGAUUCCUGGGAUGGAUAUGCCUUUCAUCGCAAAUUGCUCGAAGGAAAAUUGUCGCCGCAUCACUUUGCCCGCGUCAUUUUGCCACAGGCUGCCCGCCAGCAACAACAACCACAGAGUAGUAGUCAUCGCCAUCGCAUUGUCCAUCCCACGCGCCAAGACGAUAUUCCCAAAUUUAAACCCGAUCAACAAUUCACUCCAAUCGUGGUGGAUGAAGAGGGAGACGAUGACACUAUCAGUAGUGAUACGGAUCUCAAUAAUCAACUCCCCGCCAUGGCGCUCUUUCACAUGAACGAAGAUGCCGCAGAAUACACGGCGUUAUGGGCACUACUACAGGCCGUACCUAAUGCCUAUGAUGCCAGUGCCUGUAGCUUUAUCAAAACAUGGCAUUUUCAUGGAACCGAAAAGAUGCACGCUCUGGCAUCCCAAAACAAACCCUUCUUUUGGGAUUGGAGUUUUCAUCAACGGAAACACUAUCGAUUCGAUAUGGUCCCACCGCCCUAUCACUUUGCACGGUAUCCCUUUGAAAAUGCAUUCCAAGGAGAUAUUGGAAUGCCCAAAAAGUCGUAUCUGGGGCCACGCUUCAAAGCGCAGUGUUGGGGCAAUCGAACCACGUGGGAACGAUUCGAUGAGUUUGUCACGACACGGCGACAGUGUGCCAAGUAA